AUGCUGACAAAAAGGGCAAAGAUGCGGCUUCUAAGACGAAAGCUGCUGCCGAGAAAUCUCAAAGCGAUUCGAAAGGAAAAAGUGCAGCUGCAUCGGCUUCAUCGAAGCGUGAGGAGGCUCGUAGCAGUGAUCGGAAGAGGGAUGAGAAGGACAAGCGCACAUCGACCAGCGAUAGACGUGACAAUGAGAGGACCGUCAAGAACAUCGGACGCUAAACGAGAUGCUGCACGUAGAUCGACCGUUCGUGAUGCUCGCAGAGGUGCUCAAAGAACUAUUUCCGCUGCACGUCGUUUCACAGGACGUGGUGCUUCCUCGUACUCUCUUCGUGGACGUGUUACACGUCCGGGUGAGAGAGCUGCCUAUAUGUCUUCGGUUCGUCGCCCGGAGGCAAUGAGUCAACGUGAUCUGCUAACAAUGCUUCGGCACAAAGAGGAAGAACAUCGUCGUCGAGAAGCGGAAAUUGAAAAAGAACGUGCUCUUGAGAGGGAACGGGAACGUAUACGCUUUGAACGUGAGCAGCUUGAAAAGGAGCGUCUGCAGCUGCAAUUGCAAGCAGCGCUUCAACAGCAGAAACUUGCUGCUAUGGGUUCAUCGCGUACGAAAGACAGUUAUGCUUCGUCCAGCCGAGGAUCUCGACACGCCGAUUAUCGCUCAUCUCGUGAAGGGAGAAGUGAGAAGAUCAGUUCUUCAUCAUCUCACCAUCGUUCUGCAGGUGAAAGCCGUCAUGGCGAAUCACGUUCGCACCGUGGAAACAGCGACAGGUCAGAUCGUGAUCGCUCGGAGCACAAAUCAUCGGGAGCAAGUCGUGAACGUGGUCGGCAUGAGUCGUACGGUUCGUCAAGCCGCUCGGCAAGACCUUCAUCAUACUCGUCUAGUGCAAAGGAAUACGACCGCGGAGCCACCUACAGCAAUGGAAGAGGAAGUUCGUCGUAUUACGGUACCAGUAGAGAUGCUUACAGCUCCGCCACAAGAGCUAGCGGUUGGGCAUCGUUUGGCACUAGUGGAACGUCAAGCGGUGUACGCUACGACUAUGACAAAUAUCAGCGUUUCUGA